CACUCAGAGAGCUAGUGUGUGUGUGUGUGUGUGUGUGUGUGUGUGUGUGUGUGUGUGUGUGUGUGUGUGUGUGUGUGUGUGUGUGUGUGAGCGGUAUGAUGAUCAGGAUGCGUGUGGUGAUUUUGUCCUCAGUGUUGUUAGCUUUAGCUCUGACUUGUUUCAGAGUUCCUGCUGUUCCCGGAACUGUAGCCGAACCCUACAAGCUUGUGCUGCUGGACGCUGUGUUCAGGACCAUGAUGUGGGCGGCCAAGUUGGUUCAGGAUCUUGGCCUGAGUAAUCAGAUGAGCGUCCUGAACUACAUGGCAUUAUUUGCCGAGUUGCGAGCACCACGCUCCAGUGAGUCUGUUCGAGUCACAGAUACGUCCUUCUCAGGAGUUCAGGCUCGUGUGUUCGAAUCCACGGCUUCAGGGCCACGGCGUCUCAAACGAGGAGUCAUCUAUUUCCAUGGCGGCGGCUGGGCUCUCGGCAGUGCACGAAUGCGAUCCUAUGACCUCCUGUGCAGAAUGAUGGCUGAGGAGCUGGACGCCGUGGUCAUUUCUGUGGAUUACAGACUCGCCCCUGAGGUUUAUUUCCCAGCUCAGUACGAGGAUGCCAUUCAGGCCUGCAGGACCAUCCUGACAGAUGAGGUUCUGGCCAGGUUCUCUAUGGAUCCCCACAGGGUGGCUGUGUCGGGUGACAGUGCAGGAGGCAACCUCGCCGCCGCCGUGGCUCAAGAGUUGGCGUCUGACAGCAGUGUCUCCAUCCACUUUAAGGUCCAGGCCCUGAUCUAUCCUGUGCUCCAGGCACUGGACUUCAACACUCCAUCGUACCAGCAGAACGGAGACGUACCCAUCCUGUACCGCUCACUCAUGAUCCGCUUCUGGCUCGAGUACUUGAACGGGGACCAGAACCUCAUCUAUGCCCUGCUAGUGAACAACCACACAGCACUGGACCUGAACAAGGACACAGCUUCAGCCAAAGAGAAGCUCAACUGGUCCCAACUAUUAUCUCCUAAAUUUACCAAGCACUACAAACCAGUGGUGCCUCAACAAGGUUCUCCACAGAUCCUGCAGCAGCUCCCGGGCCUUCUGGACUCCCGAGCUGCUCCGUUACUGGCUGAGCCCGAAGUGCUGAAACUGGUUCCGCCCACUUACAUCAUGACCUGCGAACACGACGUGCUGCGAGAUGACGGGCUGAUGUACGCACGGCGCCUGGAGGAGGUCGGAGUGCCCGUAACCAGUGACCAUUACGAACAGGGAUUCCACGGAAUCAUGAUGUUUGGAUUUUUUCCUGCCUGUUUCUCUGUUGGCUUGCAGAGUCAGAGGAAUUAUAUCCACUGGCUGCAGCACAACCUCUGAAGGUCAGGGUGAAGGUCCAGUGCUCCACAGUCUUAUAUACCUCAUUGUGAAUGUUAAAUUAUUUUUUUAAACACAGUUAGUGUAAAGUGAUGAAGUGUUCAGUGUCAGGACCGGUGUUCUGGAGAGCAUUUUAUUUAUAUUAUCACAUUAUAUUACAACUUUAUUAAAACUCUUAAAUAAAUAUUUAAGGAAAAGAUUUUUAUCUAAAGUACCACAAAGAAAUAACAUGGCAACAAACUAUAAGAGAUAAACACAGAAUGUCACUGAUGUUUAUUCCACUAAAAAUGAGUUUGUAUUAAUUCAGUUAUAGAGUGCAUAAAUAUUGGCACUCACCAUUCAGGUAAACUGAUAAAGUAACCACAUUUACUUUAGACACCUGUUGAUGUUGAUUAUUGCAGGCUUAGUAAAAGUUUUUUUUUACUAAGUGUAUUCUACAAUAAAUAAAGUUUUAUAAUUAAAUUAUAAAAAUAUAAAAUGAUAAAAAUAUAUUUUUCAGACUUGUAAAGGUUCAAUAUAAAAUAAUAUCUUCAUCUGAUCAUCUGGUUCUAUUCAGAGUUUGUAAUUACAGUGGUAUAAGUUUAUUAUUAUUAUUAUUAUUAUUAUUAUUAUUAUUAUUAUUAUUAUUAUUAUUAUUAUUAUUAUUAUUAGACUUGUUUCACCGCUUCAGUGUUUCUUGUGACAAACUUUUAAAAUCUACUUGCUGUUUUUUUGUGCCAGAAAAGUUCACUGUGAUAUAAAGUGACUAUGAGAUGAUUAUUAAACUGAAAUGUUUGUUACAACUAACAGUAAGAUUGUGGUUCAUUACUCACAUAGAUAAUAAUAAUAAUAAUAAUAAUAAUAAUAAUAAUAAUAAUAAUAAUAAUAAUAAUGUUAGUAAGGAGGAACUUGUAAACAUGAGCACACUGAAGUGUAAGAAGGUGAAUAUAAUAGUAACAGACACUGAAAUACUAAAGCAUUGUGUUUGUUUAUUAUUAUACGUUGUUUAUAAAGAUAAAAGGUUGUUUA